AAAGAGGAAGGUGAUUGUUUGAGAGGAGAGGAAGAGACCGAGAGUGAGAGGUAGAAUUACGGGGAAAGAAGCAAGAAUCUUUGACAAUUCGGUUUGGCUUAUGAGCAGCAGCAACAUGGAUGCAAUAGGUCCGUGUAUCUGCAGCCAUUAGAGGUAAGGAUUCUAAGUAUUUGGCUAGCAAUCCCUAGUUUUGUAAUAUUGUUUGGUGAAUUAGGAGAGUCGUAAUUUGGCUAACUCUUUAGAUUCAUACAUUGCAUGCCAUGAAUAGAUGGUAAGGAAUGUUUGUUAUGCCCUUAAAAUAAUUUAGUAACCAAUUUGAAGUUUAGCAGUAACUUGGACGUCAAUGAAUGUAUCCAGAAAUUGGAACUAGAGGUAAUCAUUUUGUAAGAAUAAAGGGGAAUUUUCAGAUUCGCUGGCCAACCUUAUAGAUUUCGGUUUUCAUGGUUUUGUGGAGAAUUCUAUCCAAAUUCUAACUACUUUUGUUCUCUAUACUUCAAAUUUUAUUGCUCAUUUAGUGGAUUGUUAAUAGCCUAUAUGGAUCUUCCGAAUUUCUAGUUGAAAACAAGUUAUAUCUGUUGAUUAUGUUGCUGGAAAUGUAAUGAAAUCAGAUUUGAUACUGUCUGUUGUCGGGCCUUUUUCUCUUAGCUCUUAAACUCUUUUCUGGGAUUUCUUUCCAUGAGUAUCUUCUUCAUUCAGUUUAGUUUGCUGUGGUUUUUACGGAUUUCAAAAUGGAUUUGUAGAUCAGCCAAAAUCUUCAUUUUAACAGGACGAGCACUUUCUGAAAAUCUAUUAUGAGCUGCUGCUGCUUUUGGAGAUUCGUUUCUCCUCUUGACUAAACUGUUUUAUGGAAAUUCUUCUGAUUUGGAGAAGGAUUUUAAUCAAUAAAAAGCAACAAGUAUGGACCGCUUGAAAAGCAUUGGUAGAGAAGGACUAGGGAAACAAGUUCUUAAUGAGGAUAAAAGUUCGUCGAGAUUAGCCCAGCAUGAUGCUACCACAAGGAAAAGGCAGCGACUUUCUGAUGCGCCAAAGAGUAUUGGUGAUACCCAAGUAGUACCUGAAGGUAUUAAUGCUCGUAAAUCCAUUCAAAAUGAUGUGCCGAAACCUAGGCCUUGUAUGCUACCCCUUCUCCCAGUUCCUAACGUGCAACAAGUUAGUUCAAGUUGGCCAGUUAUCUUGAAGGGGACAGCCAGCGCAGGGGUAGCUGGACCAGCUGUUGGUUCUGUGGAUAUCGGUACCAGUGAAUCCGCAUAUUAUUUCCGUGUUUCUCUUCCUGGAGUCAAGAAAGAUCCUGGGGAAUUUAGCUGCACGAUUGAACGCGAUGGAAGAGUUCGUGUCCGAGGUGUGACCACUACUGGUUCAAGUACAGUUGAAAAGUGUUCUCGUGUUUACACAAUGAAGCUUCAGCAACAAUGCUCACCUGGACCUUUUACGCUUUCCUUCAGGCUCCCUGGACCAGUUGAUCCAAGGCUCUUCUCUCCCAACUUCCGGGCUGAUGGCAUUUUUGAAGGUGUCGUUUUGAAAAGCGAGUGAUUCUUUCGUGUAGAUUAAUCAAUUAGGAUUAGAUGGAAGAAAGCAGGAAACCAACUGCAGUUUGGUUGAUGGAUUAGAUCCUUUUUUUUUUUUGAUGUUGUUUAUGGGGGAAAUGCUGCACUUUGAAUAUGGAUUGAAUAUGGACUAUCUAAUGUUGUAUGUUUCUGCUCGUUAAUGCAUACCAGAAAAAAUCGCAAGUUAAUUAAUUACUUUGUAUAAUUUUGGAAUAAGUUAUUAAAGUAAUUGUAUCAUCAUUAAUAGUUGACGUACAUAUAUACAUAGUUGAAAUAAUCAAAUACUGAAGUAUUGACCAUUCUAGAACAUUUUAAGUUCUCCGUUGCAAACUUCCAUAAGACAAGCAGCUGCUAGAAAACAUCUCCAUUGCUGAUGAGGUUUUGCUUCCGUUGUGUAUAAUCACUUUUGCUCCUUUGAAGAUUGAGAACAAGCUUAUGUAAAGU